AUGGUUUUUUGCAAUGAUUAUAAUUUGCACGACUUUGAUCUUGCCUUAUUCUACAGCAUGUUAGCGGCGGCCGCUGCUGCUCAUAUGCACCUUCUAUCGGCGGCUGCGGUUGCUGCUUCCUUGACUUCAUCAGCAGCCGCGGCAGCUGCUGCUGUGGCAGCAGGUCGUUGUGCCGGUCGCGCCGACAAUACCACCACCAGUAGCGCCAGUAGCAACAGCAUCCCUGGCCGUCUCGUGAACGGGGGCGAGCGGAGCCGUUCCGGUUCUUUGUUGGCCUCUCCUAGGGCCUCUUCGUCUAGCGCUAGUGUGGCCUGUUGCGACGUCACGCGAGCUCAUUCGACACAGGACAGCGGUAUUUCUGGCUCUAGGGGCAGAUCUUCUUCUUCCUCCUCUUAUUCUACCGCUGCCGUUGCCUCGCUGAACAGCGGCCCAACCAAGGCUGGAGUUAUGAUGUCUGGUGUCCCACCUGGUGCCCCGGCCUCCAGACAUUUUGGCCGUGGCCUCAGAACGCCAUGCUGCCCUACGACUGGCCAAUGGGCUCACUCGUUUUCCCCCGUCGCUUCACACUUUUCCCCGCUUGGGUAA